AUGCCCCGCGCCAUGGCGCCGCGCAGGAGCGCCCGCGCCGCCCGCCUGGCCUUGCUGGCCCUCGCGGCGGUCGCGCUGCACCGCCUCGCCGCGCCCGCCUUCGUCGCCCCGCCCCGUGCCAGCGAGGCCCCGGGCGCCGCCGUCGGCACCGCCGCGCUCGCCGGCGCCGUGGGGGCCGCGCUGCCGCUCCCCGCGCGCGCCAUCGAGCUCACGUACGAGGGCUUCGGCGCGCCGGAGCUGCUCGUGAUCGCCCUGCCGUGGCUGAUCGCCGUGCCCGGGUUCACCCAGUGGCUGAUGGGAGCGCGGAGCACGGUCUCCCAGCGCUCCCUGGUCGCGCUUAGGCGACUGCCAAUCGCCUGUUGA